AUGUUUUCAGGACUCACUAAUCAGGUCAGUUCGUGGAUGGGGGCAGCUAAAGGUGAGCCUCAAGAUGAAGAAGUCCCAACCCCUACUAAAGAGGCGAUCGCUGAAGCUGCCGCAGCUGAAGCCGAAAAACAAAGUCCCACAAAAGGAGGCAGCAAAUUGGACCUUAUCACCAAUGUCAAGUCACAAAUGACCGGUUGGCUUGGUUCAGGGAUUCCUAUCCCAGGUCUUAGGAAAAAUGAACCCGCCCCUGCUGAGCAACCAGAACAACCGCCUACCACUGAAACUGCAGAAAUUGCUGAACCAAAGGCUGAAGGAAAAGAUGAUGAUGAUAAUUCUAGGUAUAAUAGCGCCACUGGUGGUGCAGACAGCAGGCCAGCGUCUACUGGAGGUACUCCUACUGAGGAACAACCUGGUGGCGUUGGAAAUGGUGACGAACAUAAAAAGUUUUUCAAUGUUGACGCUUUAGAAGUACCUGACAUGCGAGAGUUGACGACCAAGGCUGUAGCCGGAGCCAAGUCCCUGGGCAAUUUCCUGUACUCCGCUGUAAACAAGGCUGGAGCCAAAGUUAGCGAGACCACCGCGAAGAUCAAGAAGACGGUCGAGGAAAACGUAAGUACUCUAGAAUAA